AUGCCUCUAAAAGGAUCCUGCAUGUGUGGUUUUAUCGGCUAUGCUGCUGAGUCGGAACCUCUUGUUACGGCUCUCUGUCACUGCAUUGAUUGCCAGAAGUGGACCGGCGGCCCCUGCACCUCCAACGUCGUCGUACCACGCGACUCUUUUAGUAUCACAAAGGGGACCCCCAAACACUGCGACGUAACCGGAAAGUCCGGCAAAAACAACCGCCACUUUUUCUGUCCUGAGUGCGGAUCCAGUCUCUACACCGAGGUCGAGAUUAUGGCCGACAAGACCAUCAUCAAGGCUGGGACGUUGGACAAUGGGGAGACUGGCCUUCGGGGCCAUGUUGACGUUGAGUUCUAUGUUAAGGAUCGGGUGGGUUUUGUGCCUGCUAUUGAGGGGGCCAAGCAGGAGACAACUAUGUGA